AGAAUUUUUUUCCCUUCAAUUUAACCGCUAGUUCAAUUGAAAUAACAUGUCCUAGCGAGAUGAGUAAUCCAGAUGCAAUACAUGGUUGUUAUGUCAAGAACAUGUAUGGAUUUACUUCCCCUCCAAUCCCGCACAGCCUUCCCUGUCUUCUUUACCCUUCCUCAAGAUCUCUUCUUUGCUUGCAAAACCAGGUGUGCCCAUCGAUGCCUAGUUGUAGAUAUAACUAUGGAGGUGAUUUUUACCAUAUUUUGUUUGCUCCUCAAGCAUUCACUCCAAUAUUCGGCAAUUUCUGGAAUAGCAGGAGAAAUAGUCUCUUUCUUUUGAGAGCGAGUCGCAGAGAGUCUCCUUAUGAAGUUCUAGGUGUGUCGCCUUCUGCAUCUCCUGAUGAAAUCAAAAGGGCUUAUAGGAAACUUGCCUUGAAGUAUCAUCCUGAUGUUAAUAAGGAGAAAAAUGCUCAGGAUAAAUUUAUGAGGAUUAAGCAUGCAUACAAUACAUUGCUGAACUCUGAAUCUUGGAGGAAGUAUGAUGCUGGAAAUUCAUCUGGUUUUUCAUACUCUGGCACCGAAAGAAGUCAAAGCUGGAAUGCCCAAAAUGAAGAAGAGUUCUAUGGAUUUGGGGACUUAUUUAGAGAUCUCCAAGAAGAAUUUCAGAAUUGGGAAGCCAGUACUUCAUCACAAGGGAAACCAAAGAGCCUAUGGGAGGAAUUAGCGGAAAUUGGAGAAGAAUUUGUGGAAUUUCUAGAGAAGGAGCUUAACAUAACAGAUACAGAGUUUGAAGCAAAUGAUUAUGGACCUCAAAAGGACAGUUCAUUUUCUGCUUCUGAGACGGAGAGAAAAGGAGGUGUUCAAAAUGAAGGUAGCAAGGGUAGCGGCAUUAAAGAUAAUAUUGAUGAAAUUGAAGCUACUCUUGCAAAGCUUAAGAAGGAAUUGGGAUUGUAGCAAGGAAAUGCGGCCCAGCAUUGAUCUCAUAAUGGAAUUUGGAAGUUAGAGGAAAGGGCAAAGCAUUAGCAUACCAUCGUAAAAAACAUAAUCAGAAAUAGUUGAUUGGAGUUGAUACCAAAAAAAAAUCUCAUCGGUUGACCAUCUUGGUACAGUUCUGGAAGCAGGCAACCUCAUCGCUGUGUGAGGUGCUAAAAAUGUUCAUGUCAUCGUGUUAAGUUUUGGGAGGAGUGGUGUUCAUAUUUUUCCAAUAUUUGGUCACGUAAGUCCUGAGAUUGUUGAACUGAAGAUGUGAUUCAAAGGUAGGGCUGCAGGUAUUCCUGAAUUUGAUGUACGAACGUUUUACUUUCAAACAAGAGCAGUGAACACGAGUUACGCAUGUUGCAAAUCCUUGAGAGUCGUCAUUAAUUUUAUUUUUCUUUUUUA